AACAUGCCUUUUUUGGUGCUAACGAAAUUACUUUAUUCCACUGGCUAUUCGACCUGUCCUGAACUUCAUAUUAGGAGACCACGUAGUCUGCUGUAAAACUUCUGCAUUUUUUCCGGGCUGACUCGGAUUAAUCAUAAAUUAAAUAAGUUAUAAUGCCCACUAUUAUCGCCUUAGACGUAUCGUUGUCGAUGCAACGACAGAUACCAGGACGCAGUGAAGAAAAUACCCUAACUUACCAUCAGCUGGCUUUGAAAGGGAUGUCACAACUGUUAGAACAUUUGUCAUCUACAUCAAAAUUGGAAUAUGUUUCACUCAUUACUUAUUCAACGAUAUCAGAAGUUAAAGUUGAUUUUACCCGCGAUUACGAUGUCAUCCGUCAAGCGGUAAAAAAAGUAGAAUCUGGUGAUAAGCUCUGCAUUAUAAGCAUGUUGAAAAAUGUUGCGAGCAUAUUAUCUACGAACUGGGGUACACAAAACUAUUGUCAGGUUGUAGUGUUCACAGACUGUGGUUUGGGGUACGUAAAAUAAAUUUAAAAUUAAUGCAUUGCUUUAGAAGAAUAUGAAUAUAUUAAAAUUGGAAACAAAUGUGAAAACUAACCCUUUCUCAUUACUGGUAGCUCUCGCAACUCAUUGGAAAAGUCGUUACUAUAAUCCAGCUUACAUGAUAAGUUUGCAUUGUAAAGAGAUGUUAACCAUGCAUAUGUAUAUUCUUUCAGUUUUGGUAGUACCGCACUCAAAGGGUUCUUACAAAGUUACGUUGACAAGGAAAAUGACGUUUCCUAUGUAUCAACAGCUAAUUGACUUCACUGGAUUAAAAGGUCAACUAUAUUUGCCGAAGCCACCAAAAGAAGUUGCUGAAGGAACAGAAAAUACAAACGACUCAACCAAAUCUUCGGCUAAUAUUAGUGCCAAUACAACAACGACGGCCCCGACGUCUCACUCAAGCCACAAGAGUGAGCUUGGCCGUACUGCUAUGUUUGAGUUGAUUGAGCGAGUUUGCGAGGCUAACUUUAAGCCAUACGAAGUGUUACUAAAAGUCGGUGGUUAUUUCAGACUGGAAUGUCCAGUUUUGAUAUGGCCCCCACCGGCAGAAUAUAGAACUGAAAAUGGCAUUAGAAGCGAAUUGAAAAUUUCACAAAAAAUCGAGGUAUGCGGAUAUUUGUCGCUUUCCGAAAUCGGUUCACCUGCCUCUUUAAGUCGCCAUUUAGUUAUUCCUAAAGUAGACCGAGAGAAGCCAACACGACGCUCCUCGGAAAAAUCCGGAUCCUCAAAGUCGUCAAUUGGCGGCAACGUGGGCACUAAUACAAAAGCGACCCUAGAUGUAAACCAGCCAAACUAUGAAUACGAAAAACUAGAGCAAGACAUACGCGAUUUCUACACGAAAGAAGCUAAGGAUGGGGACGAAAGCAGUGAGGAUGCUGAAGCAAGCCUAAUAAAAACUAGCAGUGGUGCAGUAACCAGUGCUUUGGAGAAAGAGUCUAUGUGCGUAUUGUUGCAUGGUGCCAUGAAAGUCGAAAAUCUAGCUGCAUUGGUAUUAUUAAAUGAUAACUGGUAUGGCUUUCUAUAUUCCUAUGCAGAUAGUAAAAAAAAGUCCAAUUUAAUGUUAAAUAUCCUACCGCCCGGAAAUAAUGUUAUUCCCUGGUUGGGAGAUUUGAAGUUGUUAGGAUUUGCUGAAGAUCUUUUGCCUGGCGAGACAAGUGCAUUUCCGGUCAAGGCAGAUAAGCGUUCAUAUUCACAAAGCUGUGUGGUGUGGAUUAAACAAGUUAGUCUGCAGUCAGACGUCCAAAAAGUAUUACGCCAUGCAAAGAAAAUGCCAGAAAAGACACAGCACUUCUUUAAGGAAUUAAAUCGCAUAAGGCGUGCAGCUCUAUCUAUAGGCUUUGUCGAACUACUCGAAGCUAUGGCCACACUGUUCGAGAAAGAGAGUGCACAACUUACCCUUGGUGCGAAUCCCGAAUGCAGUAUACAAUUAAAACAUGCCGCAAUCGAAUUGCGAAAGCCAUCCAAUCGAGAUCUAAAAAUAUCGAUUGUUCCCCUGCAAAAAUUUGGAGCAUCUAGUAGUGGCACUGACAAUGCAUCAUCGUCGGUGUCAGGCUUUGUGUACUAAAAAAUUCAUAUACAUACAUAUCGUCGCUUGGCGUGCAAUAUCGCGUAUACGAAAAUUCAAUACCGCGUAUGAGGUGGCUGAGAAAAAAAAAAUAUUUUCGGUACCGUGUCUCAGUGCUAGCCUACUUCACAAAUUUAAUAGUCAAUAAUUUUAGUAUAGGCUCAUAUUUAAUAGGUUCAAAAGUUUAGAAGAAAAUAAGUUUAUUUGCUUUUUUGUGAAAUUUACGCAUAUUGUACGCCAAGCGACGUUUAUUUUAUAUUUAUUAGAUACUUAUAUCAGGCCUCUCUACCUGUAAAAAUAUACUAUUCAUACAUACAUAAUAUAGGAUUGGCAUACAUGCAAAUAUAAAUACUAUAUAAUUAGUUGUCUAUGAAUAAUUUUAUAUCAUUCAAAUCAAUUUUGUUCUACUCGUCAUA